AUGAAGAUAAAAUUUAACAACAGCGUUAGCUUAAAUAAACAGCGAGAAAUAAAAAACUAUAUUGAAGAAUAUUUAGAACCAAUUGCAUUAGAUGAAAUCGAAAAUAUUACCCUUGAAGCAUUUAAAAAUAUAAUCAGAGAAAAAAUUAACUCUUUUCCCGAAAACAAACAAGAGGAAUUUGAAACACAAUUUGCUAAUGCCGAUAUUAAAAAAUUAAUUGGUCUGCAUAACGCCGCCGAUUAUGAAAUAAACGAAAAUCAUAUUUACGAAUCGAUAAAAAGUUGCAAGGAAGAGAUAGAAACUAUUAAAGAAAGAUUAUCCGACGGGCAUGAGUCGCCAGAAACAAUUAUCCAAGAGUUGAAUAUUUUGCACGGAAAAAUUUCCAGUUAUUUGACGGGGGAACAUGGCAAAGUUUGUCAAGAAAAAUUCGGCUUAAAUAAAGAAGACUUAGCCAAAGUUGAAGAAUUAACCAAGCGAGCAGUUGCCGAAGAAAUUGAAAAAGUAAUUGAAACUCCUAUUCAGUACAAAGUAACAAAAAAAGAUACGCUUUCCCUUAAUAUUACUAGUGAAGAAUUUAAUUCCAGUAGAGAACCAGUAAUUAACAGUAAUAAAUUUGGCUUAAAUUAUGACCUUAAAAGUGCGGUUCCUCAGUUUAGUUAUAAAAAAAUUGAGCAACUUGCAAAUGAUUCAACACUUCUUAGUAGAGAAAUAAAUAGUUGUAAGACAAUGUUUUUUGAUAAGAAAAAUGGAUUAGAAGCAUUAUUUGAUAAAAGCCAAGAAAUUAAUAUUCACUCUGACCCUAGUAAAUUAAAAGAGUUAAUUGGAGAAAUCAACGCCGCCUUUACUAAUACAGAAAAAGACAGUUUUGAAGAAAAACUUUUUGAGACGGAACAAAUAAAUGGUUGGCGUGAAGAAUUAGCAAUUAAAUAUAAUUUACUAACCAAAAAAGAAAAAAUGAACCUUAAUAGUCAAGAAUGCCAGCUCCCAACUAAUGCCAGUUUUGACGAUUUGGAAGAAAAAUUGGAGGAAAUCGAAAGAGAAAGAGAAAUUUUAAUAAAAUUAACUGACCUAAAACAAGUUUACAGCACGAGAGAAGAUAACAAUAAAUCUGUUGAUUUGCAACUUAGUAUAGUUGAUGAAUUUGAAAGAUUUUCUAGCCGCUGGGGGGGAGCACCACCAGAACUAGAAACUAGAAGAGCCAAUACCAUUAUAACUGACAAAGAUUUGGAAAGAUUAAAAAGAGAGUUGGGGGAUUUAGAGACAUUUUUAGAGAAUAUUAAUAACACGACAUGGGAAGAAGACGAGAGCCAAAAAAAUUUAAUCAUAAAUGAUAUUAACAACUUAAAAAAAGAAGCAAUAGAAAAAUUAGAAACCCAAGAACAAAAAAUAAAAUCCCAAACAUCUGCUUACGAUAACUUAUUAGAUAGUAUUCAAAACGCCACUGAUUUCGAUGCACUCCAAACACUUAAUAACCAAAAACUGACCUCAAGCCUCCCACCACAAACUUCGAUUUUAAAUGAAAACAACAACACGCCUGAAACUAAGCAUCCUGAAACAACUAGUGACAAUUCUCUUUUUCAAGACAAGAAAAAUAAUGAACCUAAAAUAGCACCGGUAGAAUAUGAAGAUAGAGAAGCAGAGAAAUCAGAAUCUGAAAAUAUUUUGAGUGGUUAUUCUUCAGAAUAUGCUAGCCAAGAAUCUGCUUCCGAAACAAACUCAGAAAUAGAGACUAACAAUGAGACUAGCUCAAUGGAAAUGUCAGAUUUUGACUUAGAAGAGGAUUCAGAAACCUACGACCCAUUCGAAAAGUUAGAAGAAUUAAUUAGCGAAUACCCUGAUUAUAAAAUCAGUGAAGUUAUAAAAUUAUUUUUGUCCCCAACCAAAGAGUUAGCCAGUUGUGGUAAAUUAGAUGAAGCGAUAAUUUCGGCAGUAGAGGACUUAAUAGAUCAUUUAAGAUUUCGUUUAGAGCAUGGUGAAGAAAAACUUCCGACUUAUGAUAACUACGUGGAAAAAGAAAUAAUGCUUCAAGAAGAAUUAUACUUAGCCGAGCAAAAGCUCAUCGACUUUCAAGACGUAUAUAAUGAAGCAUUAAUAGAAAAUGAAUUAAAUGAGGCUGAAUUAGAAAGAAAUGAUUCAGACAAUGAUAAUGAAUCCACAUUAGAAACUUCUGUUGAUUAUGAAGCAAGUGGAGAAUUUUCAGACACUUCUUCAAUUAGCAAUAGUUCUGACAUUUACUUAAAAUUUCUAGUCGAUAAAAUUGCCAAAGCCGGAAAUCAUAAGGAAUUACACGAUGCUUUUCAAGCAGCUAAAUUAAGCAAUUUUUAUUCAACUCAUAAAAGCUUAAUUGAUGAUACCUAUCGUAGGAGAACCUUUGUUGAAUAUGAUCGAUUUUGGGAAGUUAUUCAAAUGUCUACUGAUAAAAAAGCAUUAAGCGAUUUAAGUAGCCAAAUUAAUUAUUUAGAUAGAGAAGUAUUUCCAGAAAGAGAACAAUUACAUCGAGCCAAAAUUCAAAGAAUAGCCGUUUUAAACGCUAUUGAAAGAGUGGAAAGAAAAAUUAUUGAGCAAGAAGAAGCGUUGACCCGCUUACCACUUUAUCAGCGAAAGCAAAUUUUAGGAAUUGAUAAUUUCAAAGAUUAUAUAACGAGUUUACCAGCAGAAAAUUUAGAGUCAGAAGCAGGCUGUUUAAUUAAUUUAAUUACCCAAGCUAAAAUUGCUGCCGAAACCGAAAAAGAAGAAUUAGCAUUGAAAGCAAGGCAAGCAGCAGAAGCGGCUUCUCGUAAACGUGAGUUAGCAGAAAUAGCCCAGACACUGAGAGAAGAAAAUGAAUUGCUAAUGUGUCAAGAAUCCGCUAUUAAUGUGCCAGAUAAAGCCAGCAUCAAUGUUGAGCAGGAUCGUUUAAUUCGGUUAAUUGACACGGCAACUGAAGUAUCCGUUGCCGAUAUUCAAACUCUCAAAGAGGAAGCAGCAAUCAACAACAAAUGUAAUGAAUUGAUAAAUUUAAUCAAUAUUGAAAUUGCUCAACAGCAAGAAGCAGAAAGAAUUGAACGAGAGAGGUUAGAAAGAGAAAUCAACGAAAGAAGUAUAAAUCAAAAUAGUUCGAGUUUUACAACAAAUAAUGAUACUAGCUCUUUAUCUUCUAGUUCAGAAAUUACAACUUUUGCUUAUUCUGCUCCAGAUGGUGGAGAUUAUUCAGGUGGAGGAACAAUUGCUGCUGAAAACUUCAGUUCUCCAAAAUCUCCUAGUCAAAUUAUUCAAGAAAUUUUAGGUCAAGCUGAAAAAGCAAUUGAAAGCAAACAACUUCCUCCACUAGAAAAUGCUGAAAAGCAAAUAACUUCUCUCUUUGAAGAAAAGGACGAAAGCAAAAAACAAGUUUAUUAUCAACAUCAAACUGAAUUAGAAAACAAGUUAGAAAAACAAAUCCAAAAUGAUAUUUUACAGCAAACCAAAAAAGCGGCUAUUGAAAGUGUGGCAGAGGACUUAAAAAUUGCCCGUGUCAUUCGACCAGACAUUCAACCAAAGCCAGAGAAAAAGCAAAACUGGAAUUUACUUGGUUCAGAAUUAAAAAUUGAGGAUUUGGAUAAUCCAUUUUCUGAGUUCUCGAAAGAAGUUUAUCAAAAACAGUUAACUGAAUUGACGGCUUAUCAGCAACAAGUGGCAGCACACAUUGCCGAGAAAAAAAGGAAUUAUUCCCAAAUCAAUGAGUUAAAUACUACUAAUUUUGUUGCUCAACAAGAAACAGCCGGCACCGUGGCAGGAAUUGUUGCUUUAAAUUAUUGGUUAAAUAGUGGCAAAACAAAAGUAGGUGAAAUAACUCAUAGAGGAAUGCAUCCAAAUGUUCCUAACAAAAUUAAAUUGCUGGUUGAACAAUAUUUAGUUGACUUAAAGAAAUUACAAAAAAAUGGUUAUAGUACAGAAUUGGCUCAGAAAAUUCAGGAAAGUUUUCGACAGAUACAAGCUUUAACUGAACAAUGGCUAGCCAAACAAAAAAACCUUUUUGAUGAGAAAAAUUGA